ACUUCUCCAUAGACUCAACGCUUAAAACUACAAACGCUUUGAAACAAACAGUUGAAAAAGAAAUCGCUUUUCAAAUACGAAACCUCUUUAUUAUUGCCAUUCAAUCAGUCAUAUCAUGUCCUAAACCUCACCACACAUUCACCACCUCUUUGGCCAACACUUGCCGUCGCUCUCAACACAUCCGACAACACUAUAGUCACACAAAACACUACUGACAACACAUCUCAAGACAAGAGACAAUGGACGGUUGGGAUCAGCCCUCCAACAACUCGUUUGGCUCUCACAACAACUCCAACGCCAAUCACAGCUAUAAUAACCACAACAAUAGCUCUGCGCCGAAGAAUGCGCUGCAAGUGGUGGCACAGCUCGAGAUCCAGAAGUUGCCGGCGGAGAUCAACUGCAAUGAGAUCCGCGCCACGUUUGGCCGAUACGGACGAGUUUCGCGCAUUAUUCUCGACCACAGAUUCGGCGACGAAAACAAGACGACCUGUUAUUUGGAUUACGAAAGCGAAUUGAGUUGCGAUCACGCGAUCCGAAUCGAAAACGGGAAGAAAAUCGGCGGAAGGAAUGUCAUCGUCCAGAAGAAGACCAAUAACGAGGUCUCCAACAAUGGCUCAGACAGAGGCAAUAAGAGGCAGCGGACCGACAAUUUUGGAUCAAAUAACGACGAUUGGGGCGCUUCUUCUGCUUCGCCGUCGACUAAUACGGCGACCGAUUCGUGGGGCACUUCCACUUCAAAUGGCGGUUGGGGUGACUCGUCGAGCAGUCGCGGCGGUGGCGGUCGUGGACGAGGCCGUGGAGGAGGCGGUGGCGGUUCCUGUCAUCGGUGCGGAGAAGAGGGCCACUACUCCAGAGAGUGUCCCAAUUCGAGCGGAAGUCGUGGCGGCGGUAGAGGUGGUGGUGGCGGCAGAGGUAGGGGUUGUUUCCACUGCCAAGAAGAGGGCCACUUCUCGCGCGAGUGCCCCAAAAAGGACGACUCAUCGUUUGGUGGCGGCGGUCGCGGACGCGGAGGAGGCAGAGGUCGCGGUCGAGGAGGUGGCGGCUACGGCGGUGGGGGCUCGUCGUGGGGCGACGACAAGGGCUCUUCUGGCGGCGGUUCUGGCGAUUGGGGCGGCGAUUGGGGCACUACUGACAGUAAGCCUGCGUCGAGCAACGAUUGGGGCACAACUGAUGCUAAACCGGCCGCUGCUGACGACUGGGGGACGCCGACCACCACUUCGUCCGCUCCGGCAAAGACUGCAGCCACUGAUGGCGACGAUUGGGGCUCUUCUUCGGACACGAAACCCGCCGCCAAGACUGAAGAGAUUGAUUGGGGAAACAUUCUCGGCUCAAACAGCGCUUCAAAGCCGGCCGACACUCCGGCCAAAGUGGAGGACAGCGGAUGGGACUGAAUAUGCUUUGCAUUCGACGACUAAUUAUUAUUUGAAUCAAUGAAAAGAAUAUCUAAUUUGACAAUAAUAUGAAUGUAUAUAACUCUCCCAUAAUAUGAGAGUCUCAUCGAUGGGCGACUGAAGUCUAAUCUAAUCGUCGAUUUCUCGUCAAUUAUCGUUCAUUAAUCUCUUUUUCCCCUUACUUUAUAACACUUCCUAUCAUUUCAUUACAUUAUUUUCCCCCCAAAUCACUCCCUCUCUAUGUUAUACCAAAACCUAUUCCCACAACAAAAGCGAUUCAUUUUUUUUGUUGGUAUUAUUAAAACUAAUUAAUUUCGUUACCCUUUUUUGUAUUUUAUAGGAAUAACAUAUAAGUUAAGCCAAAACCAAAAUAUUAUAAUUCUCUUUAGUGAUAAGAUUGCGAUAAUUAUGGGAUUUUAAUUGUAAUUGUGGUUUAAAAAUCAUUUCUAACUAAAUAUUCUGACUUUCCUAUAAUGACAUUUAAUUCGUAUAAAUUAUAAAUUGUUAUCCAUUUUUAAUUUCCAUUUAUAACAACCCAUCGAAUCUCUUGAUGUCUUUGAAUUGAGGUUUUCAUGUGAAUGAAUGAAAUAUUUAUAUGAAAACGUAUUCCCCAUUGCUUUUCAAUGAUAAUGAACUCGAAGUUCAGAUAACUAUGUUUUUUGUCUUUAUU